CGACAGGGCAGCGUUCACAAUGAGGACUCGCCUCAAAGCCAGCGGUUUGGGAUUGUGAUUAUGGAUUAGGACGAUUUCUUCGCUUCAUUGCAAUGCUUUCGGACGCAGAACAUCUACCAGCAUCAUGUUUGUGGAGAUGGGAGCGAUAAUAUGGAAAACGCGUGUUUCAUGGCAAGCGCUGUGGCUUUUCUGCCUCUCCUGGAAUACAAUAGUGGCGCAGAUCCGCUACUCCAUUCCCGAGGAGUUGAAAAUAGGGUCUGUGGUGGGCAAUAUCGCAAAAGAUCUGGACCUGAAGCUCUCUGAUAUAUCAGAUCGCAAGUUACAGAUAGCAACCGAGACUGGUAAGCAGUAUUUCGGCAUUGAUUUGGGGAAGGGAGAGUUAGUAAUUGCGGACAGAGUCGAUAGGGAAGAAAUAUGUGGACCGAUCGCCAAGUGUACCUUAACACUGGAAGCUAUAAUAGAAAACCCUUUACAAAUGUACCGCGUCGAAAUUGACAUACAGGAUGUAAAUGAUAAUUCGCCUUUGUUUAUCAAUAACCAGAUUGUUGUUAAUGUCGAGGAGGCUAAAACGCCUGGAGCUAGAUUUCGUUUGGAGUCGGCAAAGGACCCGGAUAUAGGAUCAAAUUCUUUACACUCGUAUGUACUGAGUAAAAACGAGCAUUUUAUACUGAGUGUAAAAAACAAAGAUGGUACUAAAAUACCUGAACUGGUUUUGGAAAAGGCUUUAGAUAGGGAGAAGCAGUCAAGCCAUAGCCUCUUGCUUACUGCAGUGGAUGGUGCGACUCCUGCACAGUCUGGAACCACAACGAUAAUAAUCCGGGUUCAAGACAGUAAUGAUAACUCUCCUGUUUUUGAAAAGCCCUCAUAUAAAGUCAAACUACCAGAAAGCACCUCAAUAGGGACUGUAAUUUUGUCAGUGAAAGCCAACGAUUCCGAUGAAGGUUCCAAUAGCGAGAUUACGUAUUGUUUUGAACCAAACACGCCAAUGAGCAUUCAGAAUUUAUUCUCUAUUGAUUCAGAGCAGGGUGCUAUUAGUGUUAAAGAUGUUUUAGACUUUGAGACAGUCAGCUCCUUUAAAUUUGAGGUCAUCGCCUCAGACAAAGGAGCUUCACCACUGGAGGGACUAUGUAGCGUUGAAAUUGAAAUACUGGAUGUAAAUGAUAAUGUGCCAGAGAUUCUAUUGAAAUCUGUUCCUAAGCCAGUUAGGGAAGAUGCUCCCCUCGGUACCGUGGUGGCUUUAAUAGGAGCCAAGGAUAGUGAUUCUGGAGAAAAUGGAAAAGUCCACCUAAGAAUCCAGUCAGGUUUACCUUUCACGCUAAAACCAUCUAUUUCCAACUAUUAUGCAUUAGUAACCGACUCAUAUUUGGACCAAGAAACAUUUCCUAAAUAUACAGUUGAGAUCACUGCGCAAGAUUCCGGAAGUCCCCCACUUGAGUCUAAAACCCAAAUAUAUGUGGACGUAUUAGAUGUAAAUGAUAAUCCACCAGUGUUUCCUCACUCAUCAUAUACUGUCUAUGUGAAAGAAAACGUAGGUGCUGGCAAUGUGUUAUUUACAGUGUCCGCCUCUGAUCCAGAUCAGGGAGAAAAUGCCAAAAUUUCAUAUUCCAUCUUAGAUUCACAAAUUAAGGGAAUUUCAGUUUCAUCUUAUUUCUAUAUAAACUCAGAUAAUGGCAGCAUUUACUCCAUGCACUCCUUCGACUAUGAGAAAAUGAAAGUGUUCCGGAUCCAAGUUCAGGCGAAAGAUCACGGCUCUCCGUCUCUGAGCAGCAACGCCACAGUUCAUGUGUUUAUUCUGGACCAGAACGACAAUGCCCCCGCGGUCAUUUACCCCUCUGCAGUCAUGGGCUCCGUCUUACAUCAGAGGAUGCCCCGCUCCGCUAAAGCAGGGCACCUCGUUACUAAGGUCACAGCAGUGGACGCUGACUCGGGCCAUAACGCCUGGAUCUCCUAUCGGCUCGCGGAGGCCACGGACGCGUCUCUGUUCAGCGUCAAUCUGCACACAGGAGAGGUGAGGACUAAGCGCUCCGUCUCCGAGCAGGAUGACUCCUCUCAGAGGCUGCUGAUAGAGAUAAAGGACAACGGAGAGCCAGUGCAGUCCACCACGGUCACCGUGGAUGUGCUGAUAGAGGACGGCUUUCAUGAGCCCAUCUCAGACUAUCGGAAGAAAAGCACAGAGAUCAGUAAGAAAAGUGGGAAAAUCACUCUGUAUCUGAUCAUCUCUCUCGCUUCGGUUUCGUUGCUGUGUUUGAUGACGUUCUUCAUCUUACUGGUGAAAUGUGCUCGAGGCAGUAGAGGCAGCUCGAGCUGCUGUAUCAGGCGGAGCGAGUCUGGAUAUAAAAACCCCAACAGAAACCUGCAGAUCCAGCUCAACACUGACGGACCCAUUAAGUAUGUGGAGGUGCUGGGAGGAGACAUGAUGUCUCAGAGUCAGUCGUUCGGCUCCUAUCUCUCUCCAAUGUCCGAGUUCAGUGAUUUCACCCUCGUUAAGCCCAGCAGCACCACAGACUUUACAGACACGCUGAACGUGCUCGAUGCGUCACUUCCUGACAGCACGUGGAAGUUCGAGAGUCAGCAGGUGAGAAACGAUGCAGAAUGAAUAUGCACACGCGAGUGAUUGAUUUUUCUUUACAUACAUAAACAGUGGUGGUUUGCUACCUCAUUACUCUUGCGCGUGUGUGGGUGGGGUCUUGCGUGAG